AAAUACGGAGAUGAUGGCUCUAACAAAGGCCAUGAGGGAAUGCAAAGUGACAGUAUAAAAAAUCGAGCAUUCUAUUUGCCGAAUGACUGGCGAGAUUCAGGAUAAGGAUAUGGAUGAAGUCGCCAGCAUGCUCCCUUUAGAAACCCUUACAGCAGUGAGGGAAAUAGAAGAAAAACUGCAGUUACCAGAUUUCGCUCAAUCAAUGACAGCGUACUUGUAUAAAAUGAAAGGAACUUCGGAGGAUGUGAGCAAUGUUACCCGUAAAGUUUUUACGCAUGACCUCCUGGAGAAAUAUAACUGGGAUGGGAGGUGGGAAAAGAAGUCGUUGGCAGAGCUUACGCUUGUGAACACGACUCUAAGAGCUUAAAUUUUAGAUGUCUUCAAAAAUAAAGGAGCCUUUAAUUAUCAAAAAAAUGUCCGAAAAGCAGUGGAGCUGAGUCACCACCGUCUUCAGCAAAAAAAAUAUUUAAAUAAGGGAAUAUCUAAAUAAUUUGUUUACAUUUAUUAUAUACUAGCGAGCACCCGACGUCGUUCGGGGUAAACAAAUAAAAAUAUAAAACAGUAAUACAA